CUCUUUCCACAAGAGAUCUCUCUAAUCAUGGCCGGUCAAGUUGAGACGAAAGAACAAGCAGGAACAACGAGUUCAGCGCAAGCACUUGCAGUAACAUCUGGAGGACCGUCAGCCGAUUCUCAAACGAAUACCAGUUUUACCAAGGUGACAGGCGCUGGACACAAGAAGCUACCCUCGAAACCUGCCGAAGCGACAGGUAAUAAAGGAAAACCAGUGCACGGGUCUUCAAGUCCCAACGGCAAGACGGGUGGACAAAAAUGGGGUCGUGGCGGCCGAGGUGGGCGAGGGGGUCGAGGCCGAGCUACGUCAACCGCCCGAGGUGGAUCUCGGCAAGUUGAAGCCAACCUCCGCCCUGAGGUAUCUCAGAAUCAAGGACAAGCUGCAAUUUCUGGUGCUCGCCCACAUACUGCGUCCACCGCUCCAGCUCAGCGACCGCGUGGAAGAGAUCCGGUUCCGCAGCGCAAAGGCUCCAUAUCAUCUACGCAUUCGCACGGAUCGGGUUCGGAGUCAGAGUCCGACAAAGACUCCACCCGUUCCUCAUCUCCAGCACCACCGGCGGUACCGCUGACAUUUUGGACACCGAUGAUCUUUCUUUGUCCAAUGCCCGACUGUCCUCCAAGCACGGAGCCGACUACGAAUCCCACGGUCGCUCUCGAUCAUCUUAGGACCGCACAUGGCGUAGAUGUGAAGAACGCCCAUCACGUUUUACCGUACCUGGACAGAUACAUUGAACACUGGGCGAAGUGUAUUCGUGAGCAGGGAAUAGAGAAAGUUGGUUACAAAUCCGACCACAAAACACCAGAUGGAAAGCCUAUGUACAUUUUGGGCCAUGAUUCGGACCUAGAAGACAAGGUAUUCCGGGAGAAGCUUCAAAGAGACAAUUUGAAUCAAAUGCUCAAGAUUCAAGAAAGGGAGAGAAACGAGGAGUCCCAUAUACCACGCAAAUGUCUCUUUUGCAAGGUUGUCUGUGACAGCAGAACACUAUUAUUCCGACACAUGUUCAGCGAGCACGGUUUCAACAUUGGCUUACCUGACAAUUUGGUUGAAGUGAGUGCGUUUUUGGAGACCUUGCAAACGAAGUUGGCAGGGCUGCAGUGUCUAUACUGCGAGAAGAUAUUUAAGACCAGCGCUGUACUGCGUAAGCACAUGCGGAAGAAAAAACAUUUCAAAAUCAACCCGCGUAACAGAGGAUACGACCGUUUCUAUAUCAUAAAUUAUCUGGAGCCUGGGAAGAACUGGGAGGCAUACGAGAAUGAGAGAUAUGAGAGUGAUGAGGAGCGGAAAGAAGAAGAAUGGGAAGAUUGGAACGAGCCUGAUACCACAGAAGAUGCAACGAUGUGUCUUUUUGAUGAGUGCGUCUUCCCAUCGGCAUUUGACGCGUAUGAGCAUAUGAAGAAUGAUCACAAGUUUGAUUUGAGAGAAGUUCGUCAUGAAUUGGGACUGGACUUUUACGGGUCAAUUAAGCUCAUUAACUACAUCAGAAAGCAAACUUCCCUUUGUCGAUGUUACGCUUGUGGCGCCGAAUUUGAAGACUUGACCGAGAUGACGGCGCAUAUGAAAGCCACCCAGCAUUUUUCGCAAUUGCCUGACAAAGAGGCAGAAUUUUGGACCGAUCCUCAGUACCUGUUCCCCUGUUACGAAAAUGAUCCUCUCCUCAUGUUCGACGUCACGGAGGACAAUGAAGACGAAAGUGAUCCAGACGUCGCUGCCGGAGAGGAAGAGCUUCGUAAGAUCGCUAUCGCCGAGCGGGUAAAGGCAGAGGAGGCUAGCAAGCUAGCGGAUGUAUUGGAUGGUAAUAUCUCACCGGGGGAGUCAGAUGUGAUUUUGUUGGGGGUGGAUGAAGUGAAAGCAACACAAGGCGUGGACGAAGAGGUUGGUGCGGAAUAAAGGUAGACGGAGGUGAUAGCAACAAUGUGACUCCUGCUGGAGUGCCGCAUCUACCUCAUAUUGUCGGGGUCGGGCGGCUCAGCGCUUUUCAGGACUUUAGCUACAAGAUAUAUCUACAAACAGUACUGCAGCAUGUAUUUCAUUUAUCAUAGACUCAUAGAAUUUCAUUUUUAGUGUGCAGGUGGUAGA